AUGCGAAGUGCAAGCUCUAAUUUCAUCCAUGAACUACUAAAAUAUGAGAUCCCAUACACUGCGAUGAUACUGAACAUGCCGAAAUACGACAACACUUCUAACCCAGAUGACCACGUCGAUAACUAUGGAUGGACGAUGACAUCUCUUAAGAUGGAUCGUCGCUUCACCUACACCUAUUUUCGCUGCACCCUAACGGGAAAUGCGGGAAAAUGGUUCAAGUGUCAUUUUAUUACAACUUCAGGUUCUAAUUGUGCUAGUGAACAAAAGCUCAAAAGAAGCAUUUUGAUUCUUAAACCACUUUUAUCCCAUUAUAGAAGAUAUUGGUCGGCAGCUCCAAGGAGAUCCUGGGCUAUUCUCAAAUCCACCUCCACUGAUCCAUUCUCAAAAGUAGCAAUAAUGGGCCCCACUCGUGCUCUCCUGGCUGAUUUAGCAGGGUGGAUACGAAGUUUUGUAGCAGAUUACUGGAUAUUCAUAUCAUCGUUAGUAGAUUACACACUACUUAUUAAAGAGGUAUAUUUGGGUGAGCAGUAUGUGAACAACCCUACACUUUCUGAUGUAACUUUAAUGAUUGAGGGCAAAAGGUUUUAUGCUCAUAGAAUCUGCCUGCUUGCUUCUUCUGAUGCGUUUCGGGCAAUGUUUGAUGGUGGUUAUAGGCUUGCUUCAAGUGUUACAGAAGAGGAAACAAACACCGAUAAGAACAUGUCAACCAUGUUUGAUGUGUUGAGAAGGAACAGAACUGAAUCAACAAUCACUGUGAAACUUCUAGUGUUUAGAUUUCUUACUGGUUGUGAACAUUUGUUUCUUCCCUUUCUACCCUUCACUUGCAGGUUGAUGAUUUUUCAAGAAUGUUCAGACUAUUUUCCAAAAAUACCCCAUGGAUUGGAUUCUGUCUCUAGUAUGUUUAAACAGCAUGUUGCUGCUGAAGGAACAACCUUGGUCAAACAGGCAAAAGAUGUUGCAAGUAAUAAGAAGGCAGAAAAGAGAUUGCAGGUUGAUCCUGCUACAUAGCCAAUAAUGAUCUUUAAGGUCUGCUAGAAGGAUUGGAGAUUGCAGUUAAGCUACUAUCUAAGACUUCACGCCA